UAUUGCGGUGAUGAAUGUAUCACUCCUGGUGGGUCUUCCCGCACUCCCCUGCACCCCCACCAUGCCCUGCUAUGCUGUCCCACUUUCUCAUCUUGCAGGGAUUGUUUCCAUCAUCACCCUAACCAGGCUGGCGUAUGAGUGUUAGAUUUGCAUGAUCCAUGCCAGAGUGAUCCAUUUCCCCCAGGCCUGGAGGACCAUUCCUUGCAUCUGGCUGUCCUCAAUAGUGUGGUCAGGAGCAUCUCUCCUGGGCUGGAACAACCACAUCCUGGACAUGCAUGGACCAGGCUGCACUGGGGACUGGCCAUCCAAGGACACCAGCCACUCCUCCUUUGUGCUUUUCUUGUUUCUUGGCUGCCAUGGUGUCAUUGCUCAUUGUUAUGGCCAUAUUCUGUUUUCCAUUCCAAAUUGUGAUGGUGUAGGAGAUGGGGCCUUUGGCAGGGCCAAACUUUUACUUAAUAUUCAACUUUAUUUUCUCCCUGCCGAGUUUUAAAGAGCCCUCUUGCAGCUCUUAUGUUUCUAACUGCUGAGAUGCCACACACCGGCUAAAGACCUAUCUACAGUUGGGAGAGAAAUGCGUUUAAGAUCCAGUGUGAAGUCACAGAAAGACAGGGACAGGCCAAAGAAAAAAGUGACUUUUAACUCUUCUUCCAUCACUUUUAUCAUCACUAAUGAUGCAUCAUUAUCAGUGGGUGACAGUGACAGAACCAAUGGGUCAAAGGUUGAUGUAAUCCAAGUUCAUCCUUUAUUGGAUUGAAUAACAGCAAUGAAAGAUGGGAUUUAAAUCAGAUGCUAUUUAGACUAUCAUUAUAAGGACCAUUUUGGAAUUCCCCAUCUAUGUAAUAUUAACAGAACUUUUGUGAUUCAGAAGGAAAUCUGAAUUGCUCUUGGACUCUUUGACCUCAGGGAGUAAUUGAGCAAGAUGGAUUCUUUUAAUUCAGUGGUUGCUUUAUACAAUGGAAAAUCACUUAUGGCACAAGGUGUGUAUCAGGCACCAUCAACGUCUAACAUGUCAGAAAUUUUCACUUCAAAUACAUAUUUUUAAAUGACUGAAUUUUCCAAAGCACAUAAUGUAUUUCUCAAAGAAAGAAAGAAAGAAAGAAGUCCUUGGCAGUUAAAAUGACUUUGUUUCAUACACAUGUAUGAAAUUGCUAGAAAAUCUCGGAUUUUCUGUAGUGUUGGGUCCUAUUUAGCGUCAUGUCAAAUGUUUGCUCAAUCAAAUUUAUCAAAGAGGCAAUUCUAGAAUGAAAAAGAAAAUCAGUUCCUUAAUUUUAUGUGAAACCAAAGACUGUUGCUU